GGGGGAUUAGUGAGACAGACUGUCCAGUCAGUAGACUACGUAGUGAGACAGACUGUCCGGUCAGUAGACUACGUAGUGGGACAGACUGUCCAGUCAGUAGACUACGUAGUGAGACAGACUGUCCGGUCAGUAGACUACGUAGUGAGACAGACUGUCCAGUCAGUAGACUACGUAGUGAGACAGACUGUCCAGUCAGUAGACUACGUAGUGAGAGACUGUCCGGUCAGUAGACUACGUAGUGAGAGACUGUCCGGUCAGUAGACUACGUAGUGAGACAGACUGUCCGGUCAGUAGACUACGUAGUGAGACAGACUGUCCAGUCAGUAGACUACGUAGUGAGACAGACUGUCCAGUCAGUAGACUACGUAGUGGGACAGACUGUCCAGUCAGUAGACUACGUAGUGAGACAGACUGUCCAGUCAGUAGACUACGUAGUGAGACAGACUGUCCGGUCAGUAGACUACGUAGUGAGAGACUGUCCGGUCAGUAGACUACGUAGUGGGACAGACUGUCCAGUCAUUAGACUACGUAGUGAGACAGACUGUCCGGUCAGUAGACUACGUAGUGAGACAGACUGUCCAGUCAGUAGACUACGUAGUGAGAGACUGUCCGGGUCAGUAGACUACGUAGUGAGAGACUGUCCGGUCAGUAGACUACGUAGUGAGACAGACUGUCCGGUCAGUAGACUGACGUAGUGAGACAGACUGUCCAGUCCAGUAGACUACGUAGUGAGACAGAACUGUCCAGUCAGUAGACUACGUAGUGGGACAGACUGUCCAGUCAGUAGACUACGUAUGAGAACAGACUGUCCAGUCAGUAGACUACGUAGUGAGACAGACUGUCCGGUCAGUAGACUACGUAGUGGAGAGACUGUCCGGUCCAGUAGACUACGUAGUGAGACAGACUGUCCGGGUCAGUAGACUAUAUGAGACAGACUGUCCAGUCAGUAGACUC